UUAAUUGCUACCAAUGGUACGCCGAAAUUGAAAGAGCCUGAGGCAUUAAGCGAUACCUUGACGAAAUUCCUGGACUGGUGUCUCAAAGUUGAUCCUAGUGAGCGUGCCACUGCUACAGAACUUCUAGAUGAUCCAUUUAUAACUGAAAUAGCUGAGGACAACAGUUCACUUUCACCUCUCGUGAAACUGGCCCGUAUAAAAAAAUUGGAAGAGCAAGAGGAAGACGCUGGCACUGAUGAGACAGAACCAGAAACUACACCUGAUACCACUAUAUAG